AUGCCUGGAUGUUGCUCGUCAAAUACCGCUUCCUCCGUCUCGAAAUCUGUCUCCUAUCUCAGAGCGCUCAUCCGCCCCUUCUACUCCGUCUCCGACUUUGUCCCCGAAGCAGCCAUCUACUCCUCCUCCUCCCCCGGCCUCGAAUUUCCCUAUCCCCAUCGCAUCAAUUCAAUCGAUCCCAAUAAUACGAAUGCUGCAUAUUGGAGCGAAGAAGACUACUCAGAAGAUGAGCCUGAGGAAGGUGACGACGAGGAUAUUAGGGAUGAACCCAAGAGUGAUGAUGACGGCCAUGAGCCCAUUACCGAUGCCCCGCAAGAUAAGCCCGUUACGGAUACCCCGGAAGAUGAGCCUAGAACGGACAGCCCAGAAGAGCCCAGAGAGGCUCAGGCCGACCAAGAUGAAGCAUUCCAGCGCUGGCCCUCUGACGCUCGCAACGACCCACCCGAGAUGCAACGAACUCGGUUCAGGUGA